AUGGCUGACGGUGGUAAAGUUGAAUUUGAAAAUGAUCAAGAUUUGGAUGAGAAUCUAGAUAAUGAAGAAAUUUUGCAAACUAAUUCUGACUUGCACGAAUACGAAAAUGGAGAGGGAACAGACAGUUAUAGGGAACAAACGUCAGAUUUGAAAUAUAUUGAAGAAUAUUCCUUCAUAGCCAGAAAACCAAAAAAUGGCACCAUAACACAAAACUUUUUAGAGUUUUUUCAUUCUUAUGCAUAUGAUUGUCAAAAAAAUUUCAACCUAUGCGUGAUCGAUACAGAUACUAUUGCUUUUGCUUCUGGCAAUUUGAUUCACUUUUUUAACGUAGUAGACAAUAGAAUUUCAUUUAAAAGAGGUUCUAUGGGUGGAGGUAUUGGUCAUAUAUCUAAAAAUCCUGUUACUGAACAUUUUGCUGUCGCAGAAAAUGGAAUAAAUCCAGUAAUAACUAUUUACAGCUGGCCUUCUAUGAAAAUUAUAGCUAUUUUAAAAGGAGGAACAACUAAUCGCUAUUUUCAUUUGGCUUACAGCCCUGAUGGUUUAUUAUUAAUAUCGCAAGGUGGUGAACCUGACCAUUAUAUCUCUCUUUGGAAUUGGAAGGUGUCAACAAUUAUUCUGCAAUGUAAAUCUUACGUUCAAGAUGUAUACAAUGUAACAUUUUCUAAAUAUAUUCCUGGACAACUAACGUCUAGUGGAUCAGGACAUAUUAAAUUUUGGAAAGUGUCCAAAACAUUUACUGGGUUAAAACUUAAAGGCCAAACUGGUAAAUUUGGAAAGACAGAGAUCUCCGAUAUCAUCGCAAUUCAUCCAAUGCCCAAUGAAACAGUAAUUUCAGGAUGCGAAUGGGGUAACAUUCUUUUGUGGGAUGAAAAUUUAAUUAAACUCGAAGCUUGUAGAAAGAAUAACGAGCCAGCUCACAUUAAUUAUAUUACUCAGUUUGAAUAUAUCAACGGAGAACUUAUUUCAGUUGGAAUGGACGGAUGGAUACGAUUUUGGUUUUAUGACACUAUUGAUCAUGCUGAUCUUCCUAGUGGAGAACAGUUUCUUGAAUUACAACCAAUAUAUGAAUUUCAUAUUACAGAAGGGGAGGCGCAUUUUCAAAAAGAUGCAAUGCUCAUGAGCAUUCAAAAACAAUCACCAGAUGAUCCAGAUAAAACGAUUUGGUACGCCCAGGAUGGAAACGGUGGAAUAUGGUUACUUGAUCUCUGCACCAAUAAAAAAGACCAAUUGCAAAAAAAAAUAUUUACAUGUCAUGCUGGUCCUGUAGUCGAUAUGGAUGCAGCAGAUUGGGGACCAUUUGUUGCUACACUUGACAAACAUGGCCAGUUGCAUGUUUAUAAUUACAUCGAAAAGAAAUUAGUACUUGUUUAUACAUUUCGCGAUAAUGGUAGUCAAGUAAUUUGGUUACCAUGUGAGAGUGAAAAAACAGGCUCCACGCUUGUGUGUGCUUUUCAAAGUGGCGUUAUUCGAAUGAUAACAAUAGCAAUAAAGACAGCGAGUGUAGAAAAUAAUAUAAAGGGAGACUAUACAAGACUGAUACAACAUUUAAAACCACAUUCAAUGCCAGUUACCGUAAUGUGUUUUAAUAUUUCAUGUAGUUUAUUAGUAACGGGCAGCGAGGAUGCUACUGUUUUUGUAUUUGGUAUACAUUCCACUGAUUCUUAUCCUAAUAUUGAACCUAUUGGUUACAUAAAUGUUCCAUCACCUGUUACUUGUAUGACAUGGAAUUUACAAGAAGAAGCAACGUUGUUAAUUGGGUGUUUGAAAGGAGAUUGUGUGGAAGUAGAAUUACCUACAGAACCUCAAUCAUACACGACAACUUCUUAUGAACUAGUCAAGUGUAAGCUUGUAAUAUUUAAGUUUGAGUCAGUGAAAUCAUUGAUACAAAGAGAAAUGCUGAAAAAAGAAUAUGAAAAAGAAAAAGAGAGACGAAUUGCAGAAAAAAAGAAAGAAAUUGAACAACUGAUAGUAGAAAAUCCUCAUAUUAUAAUUGAUGACGAAGCAUUUCUUGCGGAAUUUGAGGAAGAAAAGUUGAUCCUUCCGGAAAUCUAUAUUCCAGAAAUUCCGAACAGGAUUUUAGUAGCUCAAUACGGUACCAAUGGAAAUAUGUGGUUAUUUGUGGCUGGUUUUGAUGCGGGAUAUGUGUAUGAAUACCCACGUCCACUGUCUGGAAGAAUGAAAGGCACUAAACCAAUUAGGAGUAGAAUAAUCGUACAUGCUGAAGACACAGAGAUUCAAAAUUGCCUUUUUUACAAUAAUAGGGAAUACUUAUUCCUCGGAACACAAUAUGGAGAACUCUAUGUAUGCAAGAUGAACGAUGAAGAUCCAUUAAAUUUCUCGGAUUAUUGGAUUCUUCCUAUACAUGAUCCUUACAAUGGACACAUUUCGAAAAUAUUACUGAGUUACGAUAAGAAAAUGUUGUUGACUUGUGGUCAUGAUGGAAAUAUAUUUUCUUUUAUAAUCAACACUGAUGUACUGGAUGAUAGUCUGAAGAUACCAGUUGAACAACAUUCCUUGCCUCUGCCCAAAAAUGUUGAAGACAUCGAAGAUAUCGACUAUCCAAGCUUGGAAGAAGUAAUUACGCAAAUGGAACAAAAUCGAAUUAUCUCUGUGGCAGAAAAGAAAAAGGAAGAGAUGUUACUAAUUAUACGUGGUUUAGUAGAAGAAUAUGUCCAAAUUACUAACAGGAACUUAAGUCUCCUGCCAUCACAGCGAAUAACACAGUUCGAAUUGGAUCCUAGAAUUGUAGAAGAUUUAGAACAGUACUUGAAAGCACAAAUGGCCUUGACUCAGGGAAAGUUAGAAUUUCACAUAGAAAAAAGUAAAUUAGGAUUACAAAAGUUAAUGGAUCAUUUCGUUACACCUAUUACACAUUUACCAUUUGCAGUUUGCAGUAUAUUGAAUGAGGAUAAAACAGUACAUUCUGUAAGAGAACUGAAACUGAAUAUUGAUAACGUUUCAAAACAUAUAGAGAUAAUGAAACAUUUUGAAGAACAACAACGAAUAGAGAAGAUAAUACCAGCAGAAAUUGAAGUUAGGGAAGAAACAGAAGAGGAGGAAAUACAAUACUUGGAAGGUCUUUUAGCUGAAAAUUUCAGUGAUUUAACAUCUGGAUUAGGAAUUCAAAUUAAUCAGAUGUUAUUAAAGUAUAAAGAGAAAAAAGCAGAUUUAAUUCGGCGGCAAAAAGAAUGGCAACAAUUGCACGCCAGGAAACCAAAUUUAGCUAAAAGUCGUAUGGAGGAUGCAACGUUUGUCAAGAAAACAAAAAGAGCUAUCGGUGAAUACAAUUUGAAGACAAGUACAGGUUUUAAUUUAGCAGUAAAGAAACAAACGGCUGCUUCAAAAUAUAAGGAACUUCUAGAUUGUAGAAUCAAGCUGCAUGACUUGCGAGAGCAAUUCAAUACAAAGUUGAAUGCAGCUAAACUGAAAAAACAAAGAUUGCAGACAGAAGUUCUUAAAUUAAUGGAAACGCUUAAAAGAAUUCAUACAGAAAUUCCAUUUAAGAGUAUAAAGCCUCUGCCACAGCCUCCAAAAUUGAAUUUUGAUAUUGAAUUUCCUGAACAUAAACUGGAGCUAGAAAAAUACACAUCGAUGACGGAAAAGGUACAACAAGUGAAACGACAAAGACUAUCAUUAAUUACGGAUCUCCCAGUAGAUCAAUUUGAUUUAGAAUACGAAGUACUGCUUUGCGAUGAUAAAACAACCGUCGGAGAAGACAUAGAAAGCCUCUCCACUCUUGUUUCGUCGUCGAAAAUGAAAAUAAAAGAUAAUUUAUCUACGCAAAUCGAUUUAAUACGAAAUCUGAACACAAGUGAUGCCACUCAGACCUCAUGGGAACGGGAAAUGAAACGUAAUCGAAUGUGGCGCAAAAUAUACGAGCAAGAUUGUAUUUUACGAUAUAUCAACGACAGCUAUAAAGAAUUAGAACAUGAAUUAGACGAGUUAGAAGAAGAUCGACUUGAUGUUAUAUAUCAAAGCACUUAUAUAAAUCUACAUUUGUUGACUCUUUACGAAGAAUUUAUUAUCCUCAGAGAAUGUGAAGCGUCAGAACACGCUCUCGAAGAGAAAGUUAAUCAAAAAUCAAACGAACGUGCCACUUUAAUGUUGAAAAUGCAAGCUAUAAAUGUCAAAAUUACGACUCGAGAAGAAGAGGUUCGGAAGUUGCAUACAAAAAUUAAAGACAUUGCUACUGAAUUUACAAAAGCCGCGGCUGGAAACAAAUUUCAGGAUUUUCUUCAAAAAAUAUUUAGAAAAAAAUACACAGCUGUAAAAGACAAAAACGGUUCCUUGGAUACAGUCACGCAAUCAUCGGAAACAAGUUCUGAGGAAACCGAUAGUACAGUAGACUCUGAAACUGGACAUAUUCUGCUUGAUGAAAGUAUAUGUCCACAAGGGUGUGAUAAACAAUUGUAUGAAAUGGCGUUUUCCGCAAGAGAGAAAAGAUAUGCAUAUGAAUUCCAAAUUAGAGAGGAGCAGAAAGAAAUAGAAUUGUUAUACAAGGAAUUGGAAACAGACACAAAAAUGUUAAGGGUCACUGAAAAUAAUUGGAAAAUCAAUCAAGCAGAUCUACAAGCUUUUAUGUUAGAAAAGCAAAAAAAAUUAAAUGACAUCGAUAUAACAGUUGUAUUAAAAAUGCACCAACUACAACACAUAUCAGAUUCUGGGUGUAUAACAGAAAUGAAAGACUGUGUAGUUUUUAAUAAGAAGGAAUUAUCAAAUCUAUAUGCUAGAGUAGGAGAACUGCAAAAAGAAACAUUGGAUUUGGCAGAAAAACGGAAAAAAAAUGAGAUGCAUCUCAAAAGAAUAAAGUUGGAUCUGAAGUAUAUGGAAACACAAAAUAACAAAUUAGAAUUAGAGAUCAAAGAGAAAAUGAUACAAAAAUUUGGUCGAAGAGUAUCCUUAAUCAGUCUAUAUGAAACUGUUUUGCAGAGAUUGAUUUAUGAUACCAAAACUGAUGUACGCAACAUUAUGAAGAACUUUUCUGAAGAAAUGAAAAAUGUAAACAAAGAUUACAACGAGGGUUUAAUUGUUUUAACAAAUUUGAUCCGAAAUAAUACUGAAAAAAUAAGUCUGCUAACACUGUUGGAGAGAGAAAAGAUUAAGCUUAAAAAAAUUUUGGAGCAAGUUCCAAUUUCAGAGGAAAACAUGUUACAAGUGGAACUUCAGCAUGAAGCUGAUAUAGCCACACUUGAAAGCAUUCUUCAUAGUCAGAUACAACAGAAACAUUUGCUUCAGUAUGACGUAAGGAGUCUCAGAAAUGAGCCAAAAAAAUUAAUUCCAGAUUGUUUAAAGGAAGACAUGACAUAG